AUGGCCCGUUUCAUGACGUACCUCGCGCUUAUGGCCCUCGCCGUCGUGGCAGUGACUUCGCCCGUUUCGGCCAUCCCGGACCCGAACAGCAUCGCCCGAGCCGCCAACGCUGAAGCAUCCACAACGCCCGAAUCAGUGAACAACGCCGCCGACACGGUGACCGAUAGCGCCGCCACCCUCACGGACUCGACCAGUACUAACACGGCUGCAGCCAUUUCGGACAGCAUCAGCAACGUGACCACGGAGACAAGCAUCAGCGCAUCGGGCUCGGAAUCGACCGCCGGCGGUAGCACCGCCAAGGCCUCGGACUCUGCGUCAGCAUCAGCUGCGGCUUCUGGCUCUUCGGGCUCCUCGCACGUGUCUCCCAACAUCGCUCUGGUAGGACCGACGAAGUAUGGAAAUGUCAUUGUGGGACUCGGAUUCAUCGAGCAUGUGUCCCGUACGGACGACCAGCUGCACAACUCCAAGGACAACUUCUAUAGGUUCACGAAGGUGCUGGAAUACGAUGAUUCGGCGGAAUCACGAAGUAUCGCACUCGCUACGGAGGAGGCUCUCAAUGUACUCGCCAAGGUGCUACACAAAGUGUUCGAGCGGAAGAAUAAGCUGCUUUUUUACAAGGGCUUCAUUGCUUGCAUCGUAGACGCUGAAGCCGUGAACGUCAUCCGCAUCGCCAUUACACACAUCGACGCCGUGCUGAUCGGACAGGUGCUUCUGGACGAAGGUCUGAUCGAGCCAAUCGCCACCGCAGUCUUUACUUGUACUGUAUUUUCCACUGAGCAGCUCGCUGAGGUGUAA